AUGAACUCGUCUGGUCGUCAGGAAAGCUUCAGUGUCGUCUUCUUAAAGAACUUCUUCACCUUCACUGUCGGCUUCGUCAUCAACUGCAUCAACGGAGUGUUUGUCUACACCUACUUUAAGAACCAGGUGUUCCAGAGAGACCCCAGGUAUGUUCUGUACAUCCACCUGGUGAUCAAUGACAUGAUCCUGCUGACCAUCACAGUGAUGAUACAGAUCCUGACCUACACCGGCCCCAUGGCCGUGGCGCCCUGCUGCAUCUUACUCACCGUCGCACUCACUACCAACAAGAACAGCCCUCUGAACCUCGCCGGCAUGGCGGUGGAGCGUUACAUCGCCGUCUGCUGUCCUCUUCAUCACGCUCAGAUCUGCACGGUGCAGCGAGCCCACGCUCUCAUCGCCGCGAUCUGGGUCACCUCUUUAAUCCCCGCCCUCUCUGACAUCAUCAUCAUCCUCGCCGCAAAGCCGCUCUCUGUGUUCUCGCGGCGCAUCAUCUGUCACGUGAGCUACGUAUACGACACGUCGCACCACAAAGCCAAAACGCUGUGGACACAG